AUGUCUACUGCCAAGUUCCAGUCUCCAUCCUACAGACUCUUUGAGCCGGGCUUUCUACCAAACAAACCCAUCAUUGUCGACGUCGACGACGAGUUUGGUUCGCCAGAAACCCUGACUCUUAGAUACGAGGAAGCUGUUCAGGCAGCACAAAGGGGGGAUCCAAACCGGGACUCCCCACCGAGCGAUUUCAACAUGGCCUACAGCAAAGCUCAGCUGCCUUCCAUGAAUGGCUACGAUGCCACCCGAUACCAAGAUGCGGCUGCUUUCGAACCGUAUCCCACUCAGCCAUUCUCAACCUCACAGACAGACAAAUAUGCACAGAUGAACCAGCAAUCUUUUGCCAGUAACAACACCGUUGCCCAUUACAUGGCGGCAGGACCCACCGUGGUCUCUUUCCAUCCUACGUCUGGAGUUGGCGGAACUGCUGUCAGCAUAAAGAUCUCGUCGCAAGAUGACCUCUUUAGCCUACCCUCUACACAGCCACUGAUCACGUUUGGAGACACAAAGUACGCUGUGAAUCUUAUACGCGAUAACCAGGAUAACACUGGCUUUGUUUAUUCUUGCAGUGUCGAUGCGCCGCCGUCAGGUGGUAAUAGCAGCGUGUCUCUGUCACUUGGUUUCGACUCCCCUGCGGGAGGAGGAGAGAUCUCGCGCAUAGGGACCUUCCAUUACAUGGAAGGGUCUGGGGAUGACAUCACGCGGGCAGACAAGUUGCCCAAAGAUGACACAACGACACCUGCUGCCGAGGUGGAUCAGGCGAGUCCCUCACCGAAGAAUGAGGUACCGUCUGCAGCGGCUACAAAUACGUAUGAAUACCCGCCGGCGCAAGGCCAAUAUGGCAACACAUUUGCCCAAGGAAAUGCCGAUAUGAUCACCACAUACCGAACGUCCAGUUUUACCGACCCUCCGCACUACCAUCACCACUCCCGGCGUACUCACCAUGGAUUGAGUGGGAGUUCGUAUGGGAGUACGCUGGCGGCCGUGGGGAGGAGUUCGUCUACGUAUGAUCCCAUUGCGAUAUCCGGGAGAUCUGCCGGACACCACCACCUUCCCAUCCCGUCUUCUGGGAGUAGCGGAACGCCUCAGCUAGUGCGCACUAGCACCAUCACCAACGGCGGUGGAAAUGGCCCCUACCAUUCCAUGUCUCUAUACACUCCCAAGGCGGUUUUGAACAUUCGCGGCAAGCUCAGUGAGAUGGCGAGAGACUGGAACCAAGAUGAAUGGGAGAACCGUCGCCGGAUCGUCAUGUUCAAAAAGACUCAAAACGGAGCAGUCUUGAACGUGAGCUUCAAACCCGUCGCUGUCAACGAAAGACCCACCAACAGCAUCUGCAUCUCGUGCAUCUGGUGGGCAGAAAAGUCUGAAUGCUACGUGACCUCGGUGGACACCAUUCAUCUGCUUGAGCAGCUUGUGGCUGCACCAAACCGGUUCAGUGUUGAGGAAAAGAAUCGCAUCCGCCGCAACCUGGAGGGAUUCCACCCAUCUACCGUCUCCAAGGCCAAGGCAGAUAGCGAAGAGUUCUUUAAGAUCAUUAUGGCUUUUCCUCACCCCAAGCCUCGAAACAUCGAGAAGGAUGUCAAGGUGUUUCCUUGGACGGCCCUCGAGCCAGCACUCAAGAAGAUCAUCGGCAAAUACAGUGCCAGCCCCAGCAGCAUCCUCCCGCCUGCUACCACGAGCGCCUCGUCAUACGCCACAUUGCCCACGCCGCCCAGUCACCACGGCCUUGGGUCACAACACGGCCUCUCUUCAGCGCAUGCAGAUCCUCAUAGCCAGUACCCACUGCACUCUGCCUAUGGCUCGGCUGCCCACGAAGCGAUUCCGUCGCCUCGCACGGCUCGAGGUCUCAGCCCUACGCUUCGCAACCACCACAGCCCUCAGCAGCCGCCUUCCAUGCGUAUCAACACCAGCACAGCACAGCUGCCCGCUGUAUCGGCUUAUGACAGUCGAGGAGUAGCAGCCAGCCCUUAUGGCAGCACUGGCUUACACACGCCGAUCAGCCACCACCCUGCGGCCGCAACGCCUCCUCGAUGGGAUACUACGUCCGCUGCCUAUACCGACAGUGGUUAUGCAAGCCUUACUUCCCAGCAACCGCCUGGAGCAUCAUCAGUGUAUGGCACUUCUGCAUAUGGUGACAACCCACAGAGAGGGUAA